AUACCUGUGAUCUGAAGGUUGACUGCUGGGAUAAUGUUUUAUUACUAAGCUGGCCCCUACUUUUAGGAAUUACUUUGGUUUGCGUUUAUAUCUGUCAUGUGAGAGGAAUCAAACGAAUUCUCGUUUAUCCGAACUUGUUUGCCAGAUUUGAAGGAAGGGGGCGUUUACCAAAAAUAAAGAAAAAAGAUCCUAUGAAACAACACUAUUUUAUACAGUCAAGGAUGGUAGAGCUGAAUGUGGGUUUAUAGCAUGAGAUGAAUUCUGCUCCCAUUAUUCGAAUUCCAGAAAAUCCAGAAAUUUUGAUCUAAAGAAACACAAUUCAGUUCAGAGAAGUUCAGAGAAGUUUAUUAUUAUGAAUCGCAUAAAAAUAUAUAUAUCCUUUCAUAAA